CCAAACUUCAAGACCCAUAGUGCAUUGCGUGGCUGUCGCCGGACUGUGACGUCACGCUCAGGAACGUUCAGGAACUUGUUUACGGUUUGUUGCGUCAUUGGUGAAGACGCAUCUGAAAGGUGAAAUUAGAUAACAAACCAACUGUACUGGUCAGAGAUGCUGGUCACACGCCUGUCAUGCCUUCGGUCAGUCCCUGUGCUGGGCCUGCGGUCAGCCCUGAUGAAGUCCGGUCCAGCUCAGAUCAGACCACAGCAGGGUUAUUCCACCAAGACAAGACUGGGAUUUCGCCGGAGCAAGACGGUCAAAGAUCAAGCGUUUCAGCCUACUACAGACACGGCAAUUAAAAUCGACAGCAUGGGCCGGAUCGUCCUCGCUGGAGGCGCAGCCGUCGGACUCGGAGCUCUGUGUUAUUACGGCUUAGGGAUGUCCAAUGAGAUGGGAGCCAUCGAGAAAGCAGUGUAAGAAUCACCUUUACAUUCAAACACUCUACAUCAGAUUCACC